AUGCUGAUGACAGGAGCGGAAGUCUUUUUGAUGCGCUCACCGGUGCUGUUUCAUACACGGGCCAAUUCCUGUGAGUUCAAUGCGUCGUUUCCCCCAGAAAUGGUGUUAGGAUACCACGGAACACGAUAUUGGGCAGAGUUGAUACCUGGUGUGCCUACACAAUGCCCCACAAGUAGCACGCUGCCAGAGCAAAAUGCCUUCCAAGGUGUGGACGACAGCAAGGGCCGUCGAAGCACCGGUGCACCGCAGCCUAUAGCGCAGCACCGGCGCUCUGUUGCGUCCACAUUUGGCAGCCCAUCUGUGUUCGAGCACCACUUGUCUGUGUCGAGUGUGCUGACUGUGAGAUUGUGGCAAAGUGUGGGGAAAAAAGGC